AUGGCUGCUCCUCUGGCAUCCCGCUUCUCCUCCAGCCCCAUCGGCUCCUGGCUCGACCUGAGCAGCUUCGUGACGUCUGCGGGCAGCAGCGGCGGGCAUACGCCGUACGACGAGCUGGCUGGCAAGAUUGGGGGGGACGUGUACAUCGAUGUGGCAGGCUGGCACCUGUACUUGAAGGAUGUCAAGGUGGGGAAGGGCCUGUCCCUGGCACAGGCCCUGGCGGCGCAGCUGGGCCCCAAGCUGCAGAGCGAGCGGCGGUUCAGCGAGGACGACCUGACAGACCUGCUGCAGAAGGUGCCGAUCAAGCUGGGCGGCGGCAAGCUGACGGCGGCGCUGGCGGAUGUGGUGCCCUCGGGGUGCAUGCGGGACUUUGAGCGGGCGUGCGAGGACUAUGCGCGGAGCUGCUGA